UCCUCAUCAUUCCGUGUGACCACAGCAGAAGAGAGAUCUAAAUACAGACCCAGUUUGUGUCAAUAUUUGUUGUGUGGUUUUUAAAUGAUUUUAAAAUGAUUUGGAUUGGAGUUUUCGAUAUGGGAUUGGAGAGGAUUUGAGAAAAAAAGAGGAUGGCUUAUCUAGGAAAUAUUCGCUAAAAUCUGAAUAUUUAUGUGACCGUUUAAUGACAGUGGAGUGGAUCUUGUUUCCACGGAAACAACGCACCAUUAUUUGGGAAGACCACGGACAACUGUUGUAGCUGAUAAUAUUUUUUCUACACAUAUUUUGGAAAACUUUAUUUUUGUUCUGAUGCCCGAGGCGAAGGAAUUCAAGCUGUCCCAUCAUGGCCGGAUCAUGAAAUGUGUUACUUUUUUACUUUUGCUCCCCGAAACGUUAAAGAAGUUGAAGCGGGCAAGCAAGCACCCUGGCAGGCUCUCUCUGUGCUAUAACAUCUUAACUCUUUCCCUGAAGAAAAGGAUGGCAGCGGAACUGUACCCCGUCAACGACCAGGCGCCCGUGCAGAAGAACGAGACUGUGAUGCGGAGUCUGUCCGAGAAGAAGAGGAGCGUGGAGCCGGCUGCGCAGACCACCGCAUCCAUCGCCACCACACCGACCCUAGAGCAAAACAUCAACAACAACAACGUGGAGAUUCCCACCUGCCACUCCGCGCACCCGACCUUACGCGAAAGAAAUGCACUAAUGUUUAAUAAUGAACACAUGGCAGACGUUCACUUCAUUGUUGGUCCGCCCGGGGAAUCAGAAAGGGUCCCAGCACACAAGUAUGUGCUGGCAGUGGGGAGCUCGGUUUUCUGUGCCAUGUUUUAUGGGGAUCUCGCAGAAGGGGACUCUGAUAUCCAUAUUCCAGAUGUGGAACCCGCUGCUUUUCUCAUCCUGCUCAAAUACAUGUACAGUGAUGAGAUAGAACUGGCGGCUGACACAGUACUGGCUACGCUUUACGCUGCCAAGAAAUAUCUGGUGUCUGCUCUGGCUCACGCAUGUGUGGGUUUCCUCGAGACAAGCCUGGAGGCGCGAAAUGCGUGUGUGCUGCUAUCUCAAAGUCUGCUGUUUGAGGAGCCGGAGCUCACUCAGAGGUGUUGGGAAGUGAUCGAUGCCCAGGCAGAGCUUGCACUGCGCUCUGAAGGUUUCACUGAGAUUGACCUGCCCACAUUGGAACACAUCUUGCAGAGGGAAACCCUGAAUGUAAAGGAGGCGGUGGUGUUCCAGGCCAUUCUAGGAUGGGCCGAUGCAGAGUGUCGGAGACAGGGUCUGACCCCCUUGCCACAGAACCAGCGCUCCGUUCUGGGGAAGGCUUUGCACCUUGUGCGUCUGCCUUCCAUGACACUGCAGGAAUUUGCAGAUGGAGCUGCGCAGUCGAACAUUUUAACCCUUGAGGAAACACACAACAUCUUUCUCUGGUACACGGCUGUUACGAAACCUGUGCUGGGAUUCCCGGUUGAACCCAGAAAGGGACUGAUGGCGCAACGCUGUCAUCGGUUUCAAUCGUCUGCAUACCGAAACAACCAGUGGCGCUACCGCGGACGCUGUGACAGUAUCCAGUUCGCUGUGGACAAGCGCGUGUUUAUCACCGGACUUGGUCUAUAUGGCUCCAGUGGAGGGAAGGCAGAAUAUGGCGUCAGAAUUGAACUAAAGAGACAGGGAGUGCUUCUGGCACAAAACUUGACCAAAUUUGUGUCAGACGGUUCUAGCUCAACAUUCCCUGUGUGGUUUGAGCAUCCAGUACAAGUGGAGCAGGACGCGUUCUACACGGUAAGCGCUGUCCUAGACGGGAAUGAGCUAAGCUAUUUUGGACAGGAAGGAAUGACAGAAGUCCAGUGUGGGAAAGUCACCUUUCAGUUUCAGUGCUCCUCUGACAGUACUAACGGGACAGGGGUGCAGGGGGGACAGAUUCCGGAGCUGAUAUUUUAUGCAUGAUUACGUGGACUUAUCUGUUAAUGAAGAGACAGCAGGGGGAUUUUUCCAAAAAAAAAGAGCCUUUACUCACAAUAUAGCUGCAAUACACUACUAAAAGAGGAGACUAUCCCCUCUGAUUUUUUUUUUUAAUAUAUCUUGCAUACAAUGGAAUGCUGCCCAAACUUAUUUAUUUCUUUAAACAUAUUGUUUUAAAACAUGUACUUUAAUUUAAGCACAUUUGAUUUCUAAUUAUUCACAAUCUGCCUGUGUACCAGGAAACAUGGGUAGUUUGCACUUGAAACUAGGCAGCUUUUCCUCUGUCUUGUUAUUAAAUGUUUAUUUGUUGACAGCUUGAUGCUGAGUGACCCGAAAAAGGGUUUCAAGAGUCUGCAGAAUCAUAAAAUAUUUGUUUUUCUAUUCAUCAAACAGUAUUUUGUUUUCUUUUGUCUAAUGCACAGUUUUAUGACCUAUACUGGUUCACUCUUGGGUAAAAUAUGAUCUUUCAAACCCUUAAAAAUGAAAAGUCUGUCAUCAUUUACUCAUUCUUAUGUUAUUCCAAACUUCAGUGUCUAAACUGAUUUCUUAAAACACAAAAGACAAUAUAUUGAAGAAUGUUUCAGCUGUUUUUGCCCAUAAUAUAGGGUCCAACAAAUAAAAUAAAAGGUCCAAAACAUCAUUGGAACCAACUGACUUUCACU